GCCUCCUUCCCUCGGAGCUCUGGGCCAGCCCCCUGCCUGGGGGUGAAGGCGGGGACGUCUCCCCCGGAUCCUUCUGCCUCCCCUGAAGAGGACCAAGAGCUGGCCCAGGCAGGGAGGCCGAGGGGAUGGCCCCCGGACCCCCGAGAUCCCCAUGGCAGGAGUCACUGACAUUCAAGGAUGUGGCUGUGGACUUCACCCAGGAGGAGUGGGGCCUCUUGGACCAUUCCCAGAAAGAGCUCUACAAGGAGGUGAUGCUGGAGAACUCCCAGAACCUGCUCUCCCUGGGAAUUCCACUUCUCAGAGAAGAUUUGAUCUCCCCGUUGGAGGAAAGGGAAGCAUCACGGAUCCUGGAUCGGAAAGGCCCAAGGAAGUCCUGUCCUGAUGCAAGGACCAGGUUUCACGUGGAGACACUUGCAAAACUGAACAUCUCUGUGGAAGAAUCUCACCAGCCAAGAUUCGUGAGUGACGUCAAUUUGAGAGAAAUUUGUGACUCUGAUAUCAAGAAUGAGAAAAAUCAAAAUGGUAACUGUGAAUUUGAUAAAGAUGCAAAGAGUUUCAGACAACAUUCAGUCCCAAUUCAGUGUAAGGAAAUGACUUCAGAAAAUGACUAUUUUCAGUAUAGUGAAGACAGGGAAUGCUUAACUCAAAAGGCUGGGCUUAUUCAGUCUUAUUCAAAGCCUCCUCAAGUGCAGAUGUGUCAAGAUUUUCAACAGGAAAUGACAUUCAACCUCAUUAGACAUCAGAAAAGUUAUACUAGAGAAAUGCUUUAUAUAUGUAAUGAAGGUGGAAAGGCCUUUAGCCAGAACUCAAAGUUCAUUGACCGUCAUAAAAUUCACACUGCACGAAAACCUUAUAAAUGUAAUCAAUGUGGAAAGGCAUUCACACAGAAUUCCAAACUGAUUCAACAUCAGAGAAUCCACACUGGAGAAAAACCUUAUGAAUGUAAUAAAUGUGGAAAGGCUUUCCGAGAAAACUGCAGUCUUGCUAUACAUCAGAGAAUCCACACUGGGGAGAAACCUUAUAAAUGUAAUCAAUGUGGAAAAACUUUCACACAGUACGCUAGUCUUUUUAAACAUCAGAGAAUCCACACUGGAGAGAAACCUUAUAAAUGUAAUCAAUGUGGAAAAGCUUUCCGAGAAAACUCCAAUCUUCUUGUACAUCAGAGAAUACACACUGGAGAGAAAAUUUAUGAAUGCAGUCAAUGUGGAAAGACUUUCACAAAAAAGUCCACUCUUGCUAACCAUCUGAGAAUCCACACUGGAGAGAAACCUUUUAAAUGUAAUCAAUGUGGAAAGGCUUUAGCAGAUAAACCCCAUCUUGCUAACCAUCUGAGAAUCCACACUGGAGAGAAACCUUACACAUGUAAUCAAUGUGGAAAGGCUUUCCGACACAAUUCCAGUCUUGCUGUACAUCACAGAAUCCACACUGGAGAGAAACCUUACACAUGUAAUCAGUGUGGAAAGGCUUUCACUCAGAAGGCCCAUCUUUUGACACAUCAGAGAAUCCACACUGGAGAGAAACCUUAUGAAUGUAAUCAAUGUGUAAAGACAUUCAGAACAAGAUCCAGUAUUAAUGAACACCAGAGAAUUCACACUGGAGAGAAACCUUAUAAAUGCACUCAAUGUGGAAAGACUUUCAGACAGAGCUCUAGUCUUUAUCUUCAUCAGAGAAUCCACACAGGAGAAAAAACUUAAGAUUGUAAUCAGUGUGAAGUGGCCUAUUUAGAUAGGGUGUGAUUUGCUAACCACCUGAGAAUCCACACUAGAGAGAAACCUUAAGAAUGUAAUCAAAGUGGAAAGGGUUUUUUUUUUUUGACAGAACUCCAGUGUUGCUGUAUAUCAGAGAAGUCACAUUGGAGAAAAACCUUAUAAAUGAAAUCAGUGUGGAAAGAUUUUCAGAUGGAGGGCCUCUCUUGCUCAACAUCAGAAAAUCCACACUGGAGAGAAACCUUAUAUAUAUAAUCAGUGUGAAAAAGCCUUCAAGUAACAGUCAUCCCUUAUUUCCCAUCAGAGAAUUCAUACUAGAUAGAAAUUUCAUCACUAACGAUUGAGGAAAGGCAGUCAAAUUCAUUCUGGAGAGAUGCUCUAUGUGGACUCAAUAGAGGAAGGCCUUCAACCAGAGAUCGUCUCUUACUUUACAUCAGAGGAUUCGUGGUGGAGAAAAGCCUUACAGAUUUCCUCAAUGGAAACACGAUUUUCUGUGGAAGAGGUAGAUGACUAGACAUCAGAAUAUUCAUAUGGGAACACUUACAAAAGCAAUGCCUUUUCUCAAUGUCAGGGUGUGUAUGUGGAGCUCAUACUUGAUUAUAUAUUGGAGAAAUGAUGGUGGAGAUAAAACUUAUGGGUCCAAGUAAUGAGGGAAGGCUUCUUGCUGCAGUUUAGACUUGGCUAUAUAUUCCAUAUUUCAUACUGAUGAAAAAGUCCCAUAAAUAUAGUGAAUAUUUCUUUGAAAUCCUAAUGUUUGUUAUUAUUCUUUAAUAAUAUUCCAUAGCAUCCAUAUGCCAUAAUUUCUAUUCAUUAAUUGAUCAAUACUUUGUUUCCUGUUCUUUUAGUGACACUAAGUGUCAUGGUAUAAAUAUUUUUGUAUCUGUUGGACAUUUAUUUCUAUAAUCGUUUUUUUAAUCAACAAGGUAGCACAGUGGAUAGUUUCCUCUGCAUGGAGCCAUACGACGAGCUCAAAUUCAAUCUCUAAUACUUAGUAAUUGUGUGACCUUGGCCAAGUCACUUAACCUAUUCCUGCCUGGUUUUUCCCCAUCUAUAGAACGGGGAUAAUAAUAGCAACUACCUCCUAGGGUUGAUAUGAGGAAUAAAUGAGAUAAUUGUAGAAAAGCUUUGUAAGUGUUACGUUACAAUGGAAAAGCUAGUUAUUGUUAUUUAUUUCAUGGGCUAUAAGUCUCAGAGUUAGUAUACUAAAGUGGACAGUUUAAUCACUUUUCAUUCAAAUUCAUUUUCAGAAAAGGAUAGAGGAAGGCGCUACUGUAACAGAGGGCAUUGGGUUUAGAAUCAGGAAAAUGGAUUCAAAUUCUGCCUCAAAUGCUCUCUAGCUUGUAUUUCUGGGGAACAAUUUAAAAACAAACUUGAGAAAUUGAAUGAAUAAGGUAUAUAACAUUAAAAAAAAGUUGAGUAUAAUAACCCUAGGUUCAAUAAAUCUAAGGACCCCAACUCUGGGGCUAGAAUUUACUAAUCACUACAAAAUACUAGAAAAAUUGGAAGCAAUC